UGCAUCGUGAGAAGCAAGCGCGCUCUCUGCUCUGCCGCUUCAAAACCUUGCCGUGUUUUGCCUCUCCCACUUUUCUCCCCUACACACCCGCGAUACCCUCGUCUCCGACUCCUGCACACCCACCCACAUAGCUUAUUUGCUCAUCCAUUCGCUUCUUGGUCGUGUGAAUACCUAUUGUUUGACUUUCACCUGCGCAUCGCCCUCGACACCGCCAUUCCCUUGCUCGCCCACGACAACCCCAAUUUUGCUGGCAGCGCACCCCGAACAUCCUCUCAUCCCACAUAUCCGCCAUGGUUCUCAUUGAGAAUCAGGAAUACCUCUGCGAGGAGGAAAAGCGCCUCAAGCAGGACCGGGAGCGCAAGGCUUACUGGAAGCGAUGGGGCCCCUACGUUGCCGAGAGGCAGUGGGCGACUGUCCGCGAAGACUACUCUCACGAUGGCGACGCAUGGAGCCACUUCACGCAUGAUAUGGCGCGUUCACGAGCCUUUCGCUGGGGCGAGGACGGCAUUGCCGGCGUCUCCGACUCGCACGGCCUGCAGAACAUCGCCUUUUCUUUCUGGAACGAGGAAGACGACUUCUUGAAAGAGCGCUUGUUCGGCUUGUCGAAUCCUCAGGGCAACCACGGCGAGUCGAUUAAGGAAUGCCACUUCCACCUGGACAACACACCCACCCAUUCCUACAUGAAAUUCCUCUACAAGUACCCGCAGCGCAAGUUUCCCUACGAAGACCUCAUCAAAGAGAACGCGAAACGGAGCCGCCUCGAGAAGGAAUACAACCUCCCCGACACGGGCGUGUUCGAUGACGACAGAUACUGGGACAUCUUCAUUGAGACUGCAAAAGAGGCUGACGACCCGGAGGAGCUGUUGUUCCGGGUCACUGCUUACAACCGGGGACCGGAGCCCGCACCGCUGCACAUUGUACCGCACAUGUGGUUCCGCAACACCUGGGCAUGGGGUCAUGAAGAUCUUAAGAAGAAGCCGUCGAUCCGCAAGAUCGCCCCGACUACGGCGCAUUCGAAUCACUGGAAGCUUGGAGAGCGCUAUAUGCAGCUCUCGCCCUCGCCGGGCACUGGUUCGAGCGGCGAGGACGUCCAGCCUGAGCUUCUUUUCACCGAGAACGAGACCAACUACAAGAGCUUGUGGGGUGGACAGAACAAGACCCCGUAUGUCAAGGAUGGCAUCCAUCGCCGGAUCGUCGACGAGCAGCCGAAUGCCGUCAACGCGCAGGGAUUCGGUACCAAGUGCGCUGCUUGGUACGCUUUCGACGAGGAUGAGGGCGUCCCGCCUGGUGAGUGCGCCGUAGUGCGCUUUAGGAUGUCCAAGAGAUACGAGGGCUAUCUCGACGAAGAGCUGUUCGACGACAUCAUGGAACAGCGUCGCGCCGAGGCUGACGAGUUCUACUAUCGCAUCAGCCCUCUCCCCAUGGCUGAUGAUCUCCGCAACAUCCAGCGCCAGGCGCUCUCCGGAAUGCUUUGGUGCAAGCAGUACUAUCACUUCGUUUGGGACCAGUGGGCAAAUGGCGACCCUGGAAUGCCUCCGCCACCAGAAAGCCGCAAGAACGUCCGGAAUAGAGAGUGGAAGCACAUGUACCUGGACGACAUUCUGUCCAUGCCCGACUCGUGGGAAUAUCCAUUCUUUGCCGCAUGGGACAGCGCGUUCCACUGCAUCCCUCUAGCCAUGAUCGAUCCGGACUUUGCCAAGAAGCAGCUCGACCUCUUCACCCGCGAGUGGUACAUGCACCCCAAUGGCCAGCUGCCUGCGUACGAGUGGAAUUUCGGUGACGUAAAUCCACCUGUCCAUGCAUGGUCUCUCUUCAGGGUCUUCAAGAUGGAACGCAAGAUGUACGGCCGCGCGGACUAUGACUUCCUUGAGCGCGUCUUCCAGAAGCUGUUGCUGAACUUCACCUGGUGGGUCAAUCGUAAGGAUGCCGAAGGCAAGAACAUCUUUGAGGGCGGUUUCCUCGGUCUCGACAACAUUGGCAUCUUCAAUCGGUCCGAAGCAUUGCCCACUGGCGGUGUCCUAGAGCAAGCCGACAGCACGGGCUGGAUGGGCUUCUACUGCCUGAACAUGCUCAACAUUUGCCUUGAAAUGGCCAAACGCCGGCGCAUCUACGAAGAUAUGGCCUCUAAAUUCUUCGAACAUUUCAUUAUGAUCAGCGACGCCAUGCAGUACCGGUCACACGGGGAAGCCAAGCCUCUCUGGAACGAGGAAGAUGGCUUCUACUAUGACGCCAUCUCAUGGGGUGGUCCAUGGAGCCACCAGAUGCCUGUUCGAUCUCUAGUUGGCCUUAUCCCGCUGUACGCCACCAUGACCCUUGAACCGGAGGUCAUCAACAAAUUGCCUAGCUUCAAGAAGAGGUUGGACUGGUUCAUCAACAACCGAAAAGAGACCGCGUCCCGCAACAUUGCGUCGAUGAAAAAACGUGGCAAAGACGACCGUCUCCUUCUGUCCCUUGUGAAUGAAGAUCGACUAAAGAGGAUUCUCCAGAGGAUGCUAGACGAGGACGAGUUCCUAGCGGAGCAUGGCAUCCGAUCCCUGUCAAAAUACCAUAAAGACCAUCCGUAUUCAAUGGACGUGAACGGCCAGCGAUACCAAGUUAGCUACCUUCCGGGUGACUCUGACAGUGGACUCUUCGGCGGCAACAGCAACUGGAGAGGACCAAUCUGGCUGGCUGUCAACUUCCUUCUCAUUGAGUCUUUACAGAGAUUCUUCCUAUACUACGGCAACAAUCUGCAGGUCGAAUGCCCGACGGGAUCAGGCGACUAUAUGCACCUUGGCCACGUCGCCGAAGAGCUACAACAUCGGCUGCAGCAUCUGUUCGCACGUGGUGAUGACGGUAGAAGAGCCAUCAACGACGGAAAUCAGAUGCUGGAUUUUGACCCGAACUGGAGGGAUUACAUGUGGUUCCAUGAGUUCUUCGACGGAGAUACAGGCCGCGGGUUGGGUGCAACGCACCAGUGCGGUUGGACUGGUUUGAUCGCAAAGAUGAUCCACGACACUGGCAUGACCUGCCGCCUUCCGCAGACACCACGCACCCCAACCACUGCUGCCGCCCAUUACUUUGAUGACAUCUGGAAUUCCACUGGGAAGCCCAAAAAGCCGCAUCAUUUCCGGCGCUCCUCCACGAGCAGAUCGAUUGGUUUCCGUAGUGAUUGGGAGACGUCGACCAAUGGCGACGAAGAUGCCACUCCGCUCAACCGGAGCAACUCCAUUGGCUUCCUUGAUGAAGAGGAGCUCAAGCGGAAAGCGGAGAUUGAUCAGCAUGUUGCUCACUAUGUCAGCGAUCAGCUGGCGAGGGUCAAGAGUGGCGGCUCUGAUGAUCUCGACUGCGGAGAGUUUGAGACGUCACUUGACGGUGCUUUCGACAGGCCCAAUGGUGAGCGGAAUGGCAAUAGGGAUUACUUCAACCAAGAACCGGGGUAUCUUAGGUAGAUACAGAUGCGUUUGUGGUGGGGUAGCAUGUGAGCCCCAGGAGGUGAUGGUGGCCAGUCGCAAACCAAAAGCGUAGAUGCAUUGGGUGGAAGUCAAGAACCUGCAUCGAUAGACCUAGAGUAGACCUAGAGAAUCGCGACCUUUAAGUUUCUU